GGCUAAUAUCCUUUUUAUAUUUUAUCUUUUGUUAAUGAAUUAGCAUUUUAAAAAGAUUUUUUUUUUUAGAUUAGGUCCUUAAACCGUAAUUUAAGGCAAAUGUGAACCUCAUGAGUUGAGGCAAAAAGUGGUCUAAUAUGAAACGCUUACAUUUUAAAAUUAAAAUAUAUAAAUAUAAAGCUUUAAAUUGGCCACCAAUAUCCGCUUCAUUCUCUCACCCACUCAAUCUCAUUCCCAUUUCCCAUGCACCAUGCAAUCCCAUAAUUCCCAAAAACAAAUAACUCUCUCUUUCUCUCUCUCUUCUUCGUUUGGUUUCUCUGAUAAUUUUCCCACGUAAUAAGCUUUCCUCUCUCUGUGCCCAGAUUCUUGAAAUGAAUGAGUCCACGACUGGGGCUAAGAAAUGGGUUUGCAAGGAUCUCAGCAAGCUGGUAAGGUCCGCAGGCGUUUUUUAUGGCGACAAUCCUUUCGAUUUUUCUACUCCGAUCCUUUAUGCACAGCUCUCUAUAUCUGCCUUGCUCACCGCUCUUCUUCAAUUGAUUCUCAACCCACUUGGCCAAAGUGCUUUUAUUUCUCAGAUGCUCGUGGGUAUUAUUCUAAGUCCAUCAAUUAUAGGCGAUACUACAUUUGCAAAGACAGUUUUCCCUGAGACCAGCUUUUAUAUCAGUGGAACCUUUGCCUUUUUCGGGUGCAUGCUCUUUAUGUUCCUCGUGGGAGUUAAAAUGGAUUUGGGUUCGGUGUUUACUUCAGGAAGGAAAGCAGUGGCAAUCGGCCUCUGUUGUUUCAUCUUUCCAUUUCUUAUGAACACAUCCGUUGCUGUAAUUUUAAAGCAGAUGGUGAAAAUGGAUGUAGCAUUAGAUAAUUCUUUGUUUAGCAUAGCAUGCUUUCAAUCCAUGAGUUCUUUUUACGUCACGGCAUGUCUCUUAACAGAUUUGAAGCUCCUCAACUCGGAACUCGGCUACUUAGCCGUGUCUUCUUCUAUGAUCAGCGGGACACUGUCUUGGCUCGUGAUUCUUAUGGCUUUCACUGUUAGACAGAGUUCUUUUGGAAGUACACACCCACUUCCUCUUUUGGCAGUAAGUUUGUGCGUUAUGGUGGUUAUCAUACUGGGCAUCCUCAGGCCUAUUAUGCGUUCCAUGGUUAAAAAUACAAACAGAGGAAGAGCAGUCCCAGAGCAUUACAUCACUUCCGUUUUUUUAAUGGUGUUAUGCUGUGCGUUCUUGGGGGAGUUUGUUGGGCAGCAUUUCAUGUUGGGGCCAAUGAUUUUGGGUCUCGUUGUACCAGAUGGUCCGCCAUUGGGAUCGGCCUUGGUCGAUAAGCUAGAGUCUUAUGUUUCCUCAAUAUUGUUACCAAGUUACUUUAUUUACAGCGGUGCUUCCAUCGAUCUAUGUUCCGUUGACAUGAAAACGUUUGGGAUUGUUUGGGUUUUGGUUUUUUCUAGCUUCUUUGCAAAACUCGUAGCAGCUAUGGUGCCUUCACUCUUGUGCAAAAUGCCUUUGGUUGACUCCCUAGCACUUGGCCUUGUCUUGAGUACCCAAGGCAUCACUGACAUUCUCAUAUGGCAACAUGGCAUGAUGCUCCGGUUGGUCGACCAAAAAUCAUACACUUGCAUGAUUUUAUCAACCAUCUUUAUAACAGGAACCAUAACCCCACUAAUUAAACUACUCUAUAACCCAUCGAAGAGAUACGCAUCAACCAAACUGAGGACCAUUGAGCAUGCCUCAGAAAACGACUCCGAGCUCCGGCUGCUAGCCUGCAUCCACCGCCAAGACAACACUCCUUCCAUCAUCCAUCUCCUUCAACUCUCCAACCCCACAAUCAAGAAACCCAUCUGCUUCUAUGUUGUCCACCUAAUCCGACUUGUUGGCCGAUCCUCAGCCCUUCUCAUAACUCACCGUCCAGGCAAAAGAAAGUCUUCCCACUCCAUUCAAUCCAGCCGCAUAAUCAACGCUUUCCAACAUUUCGAGGAGGAAAAUCAUGGCAAACUCACGAUAACUGCAGUCACGGCCAUGGCGCCCUCUGCCAGCAUGCAUAACGACGUGUGCACUCUGGCUCUUGAGAAAAGGGUUGCCAUGGUGAUCAUCCCUUUCCACAAGUUGUGGACACGACACGGCUCAGACGAGACAUUGAUGAACAACCCUUUAAGAACAGUGAACCUUAACAUCCUAAGAAACGCACCCUGCUCGGUUGGGAUCCUUGUCGACCGUGGCUCCUUAAGUGGCAUCAUGAAUCCACCUGUUUCCUCCACAAAAACAACUCACUCAAUCGGAAUGGUCUUCCUUGAAGGACCUGACGACCGAGAAGCAUUGGCAUACGCAACUCGAAUGGCAGAGCAUCCUUCGGUUGGCGUCACGGUUGUUAGACUCAGAGAUUUGAACAAAGCAGCAACAGGGGUUGAUGCAGAGGACGUUAGAAACAUAGAGCUUGAUUCUAAGAUGUUGGAAAAGUUCAUGGCGGUGGCUAAGGGAGCCGGGGUUGUUGGGAAGAAAAGGCAUCACUUCAGAGACAAAGGUGUUAAGAACAGCGUGGAAAUGAUCAAUGUGGUUCGGUCGAUGGAGAAGUUAUACGAGUUGAUUUUAGUGGGGAGACGCCAUUCGAGCGAGUCACCUCUGUUUGCUGGGCUUACGGAGUGGAGUGAGUAUCCUGAGCUGGGUUUCAUUGGAGAUGUUUUGGCAUCAUCGAGUAAUAAUUGUGGGGUCUCUCUUUUGGUAGUUCAACAAUCCGACGAGGGCAAAACCAGUAAGGCUAAGUGCCCUGGCGUCGUUGUUACCACCAAUAAUAAUAAUAACAACAAUAAUAUUGCAGGCUCGGUUCGUGUGGAUAUACCACGUAGUAAUAAUAUUAAUAAUAAUACUAAUACUAAUAAUAAUAAUAAUAAUAAUAACAAAGUCCACCCAGUUUCUCACGAAACAAACAGAGAAUCAUUAGGUGUAUAGUUCACGUAUGUGUGUGUAUAUAUACAACCGUACAUAUAUUUGUAUACAUAUGGACUGAUAAUCAUUACAGGAAUACACUUUUUUUUUUGGGUGA